AUGGUUUCUACAGUGUCAUCUAUUACUAGCAAUUCUAGUUCAUCUUCAGGCACCAGGAGUAUUUACACGGAGGACAUCGAUUCAGUGGUCUCUGAAAAUAAUCAUAAUGAUGACACACUCAUAGUGAUUAAUAAUGAUAAUAGUCACGUUACAAGAAUAAGGACUAACCAUUCGAUGGUUUCAAAAACAUCAUCUUUGGCCAGAACGAUUACAAAAACUGCGAGUCAGCUCAGGCACGCAUUACAGGACGAUAACAAACAGGAUAUAUCAAAUUCACAAAAUGUAGAAGAUGUAUUACGAUAUAGAUUUGAUGUAGGUGAUGCGCUUAGACUACAUUCUAAUGAAGAACAAGGAACUAGCGAAAUUGCCGUUGGAGAUGCGAGACAACUGCGACAUACCAAAGAAGAAGGGCAAAGUGAGUCUGAUUUAGAAAAUCUGUCCACUCACGAUGACAAGGAAAUUGGUGAAACCAUAACAAAAGUCUUUACAAAUAAGUCUACAGGUCAAGUCGAAUUACCUCCCGAUAAGGGUUAUGCCUGGGUCAUUGUAUUUGCGACAUGGUUAAUGAUGUUCAAUACAUGGGGAUGUAAUUCAGCUUUCGGGGUGUUCCUGGCUCAUUUCUUAAGUACCGACUCUUACCCUGGCGCUACUAAGUAUGAUUAUGCGUUAAUUGCAGGGUUGACCGUGGGAAUAGGUCAAGGGUUUUCUCCAAUUGCAGUGCUUCUAUCGAGAAUAUUCGGUAUGAAGCAAGUAAUGUUUAUUGGAUCCAUACUUUAUCUAGCGGCUAAUAUCUUGGCUUCUUUUACCACUAAAUUAUGGCAACUUUAUGUCACUCAAGGUUUUCUUGUGGGCCUUUCAAUUGCGUUAAAUUUUGCUCCAGGAAAUACUCUACUUGCUGGUUGGUUUCUAAAGAAACGUGCUGUAGCUCUGGGUAUUUCUUUCUUUGGAACUGGUGCUGGUGGUGUCGUGUUUGGUUUAGCCUCUAAUAAGAUGAUUCAAGAUGACGGUAAUGCCAGAAGGUGCUAUAGAAUGCUAGCAAUUGUAACAACGGUAUGUCUUUGGAUUUCCAUAGCUCUAGUGAAGCACCCGAAACCUGUGAAACCUACGGGAAUCAGAUCCAUGAAAGCAGUCAAGCGUGAAUUCAGUAUCUUGUUUUCAUGGAAGAUCAUGACCUCCGCAACAGUGUUACUAAUUGCUACAUGGUUUAUGUUAGCCAUCUUAGGAUACAAUAUUAUGGUUUUUACUAUGGCCGCAUAUGCAGAAUCCAGGGGCAUGACAGCACAUCAGGGUUCUUCAUUGACGGCAAUUUUAAAUGGUGCUCAAUCGAUAGGUAGACCACUGAUGGGUCUAAUGGGGGACAGGUACGGAAGAGCAAAUAUCACGAUUACAUUGACAUGUGUUUUGACGAUAUAUAUGUUUGCAUUCUGGAUUCCAGCUCAUACGUACGUCCAGUUGAUUUUUUUCAAUAUAUUAGUUGGUCUCUGUAUUGGUGUUGCCAAUGUGAUGAAUACAGCACUAAUUGCAGACAUGGUUGAGCCUGAAGAUUUCUUGGGAUCCUGGUCAUUUGUUAAUUUCUUCGGUGGGCCCUUCUUAUUGGUGGCUGAAUUGAUUGCUCAAGCGUUAACAGAUGCAAAAUUGAAGAAUAAUCCUUACUUACAUGCACAAAUAUUUACAGGAUGCUGUUUCUUCUCGGCAUUGCUUCUAAUUAUGGUGCUAAGGGAAAGGGCUGUCCGAAAGAAACUUGCGGCAAGACAGAUCGAGAAUGAUAAACAUUUGAGAGAUUUUGAAGAAGAUAACAAAGAAAAUAUUGAUGAUGAUGAUGCUGAUGAUGAUGAUACUGACCUAGAUGUUUUGAAAGAGAGGAAAGUCAAAUAUGACUACAUCUUAGGCACAGGAAAAAAGAAGUAUUUUGCAAGGAUGGCCUAUCCCAUUAAAGUUUAG